UUUGUGUAAGCAAAUAUCCAGAAUGUGUGUAUCAAGUUCGUGUGUGGGUGUGAUGGUGUUGUUUAUGUGGCGUUUGCCGCUCUUAAGUAAGCAGAUUCUCUGUGGUGUAUAUGUAUUUUAGUCGUUUUGGAACCGACGCCCAAACAGGUUCACGUUCACAAUAGAUGCGCGUGUGGAUUCGAAUGUCGAUAGGAGAAGAGAAAGCUAGAGCGAGAUGAAAGUAUGAACAACUUUCCGUGAAAUUGUGAUCGCAUUUAUACAUAUUACACGUUUUAUAUCGAAAGUAUUUCCCUUAAAUUACUUUGACUUAAAAAGAAAUUCAACGAUUUUAAAACAGCUUGGAGAAACUCGGGUCAUUCAGGAUAAUUUGCAAAACCUUUUGAAAAAAAUUAAUCAUAUGGAAAUGAAGUGGCCAUGAGGAAAAAACAUGUUAAUAACAAACAUUAAGAACAAAAAACAAACGUUCAUAUCCGCAAUAACAGUUUUUUAUCGGCAUAUAUCAAAAAAAUUUAGUAGCAUUCUGUUUAAAAAAUCUGCUAAGUUAUGGUUUAUAUUUUGUUUAUUCUAUUUGCUUACACAGCAAAUAAAUGGUCAAAAUGUGACCGACCAAAUGUCAAAUUUAAAUGCAAUUAGUAAUAAUUACAAAAGAUAUAGUCAUAAAGUUAACUAUUUGCAGAUCUUCGGACAAAAUAGAAAUAUCGAAAAUAGACAGCAAGACAGCGAUGAUCCCCUAAGCGGAUACACUCAGCCACACAAAGAAAUCAAUACCAAAAUUACAAAUUUGUCCAAAAGCCAAAACCAGCAACGUAAUGCUACUUCAAAUAAUUAUAGUCUGAUUAGUUUAGGACCGUUUACGAAUGUAUAUAAUAGAAGUAAUGCUAAAAUUAGAAAAUCCAGACAUAUUGUAAACGUUAAGAAAAAAAAACGAACCAAAAUUGAUGAAAUCAAACUAAGGCGCUUAGUUCUUAAGGGCCUUGGCAUGAAGAAGAUGCCAGAUAUGACAAAGGUCAAUAUAAGCCAAGUUGAGUACUCGAACAAAUACCUAGAAUACCUAGAUCGUUUAAGAACUAAUAACGAAAAUUCCGAAUACUUUCUCAAUAGCCACAUGGUAGUGUCUUCUACAAGUGACUUGCACUUAUUUAGUAUUGUUAGUAACCGAUUCAAUGACAUAAGCCACAAACGAUGGCGGCACAGAAGAUCACUCGACGCCAGAAAACCCGUGUCUAAUAUUCUCCUGCAUUUUCCAUUGUCAAAUAUAAACGAACAAAAAUUCCAUCAUAAUGAAAUUGAUGAGGCGAAUGUGAGGUUAAUGAUACUUUAUAGCUCUUCUCUAGCAAAGGGAAACAAUUCCCAUCGUAAACAAUUUAGAAAAGAAAGUAAUGAUAAGAAUUGUAAUUUUGAUAAACCUCAGGGGAGGAGAAUCCCACAAAACCGUCAGAUAAACCUUAAAGUAUAUCAACUUCUUUCCUCAAAUCGAAGAAGAUUGCUGACGUCGCGUAAAAUCCAAUUCGACAACGUGGAUUAUGAGGAGACUCGAACUCAAUGGCUGGAGUUUGAUGUGACGAGAGCGGUAAGGGAUUGGCUUAGCAAAGGCCAUCCAAAUUUGGGCAUUGAAAUUCAGUGUGAUCGAUGUAAGACUCUGGGUGCCCGCGUACUUAGCGACACGGGCCCAGCGGCUCAAAAAGCCUCCUCAGACGACGAAGAACGCUUUAAUCUUAUGCCAGUUUUAAAUAUAAUUGGCCAUGGAGCCCUGCAAUCGGACUCCAAAGUCCAUCACAUAACGCUGACACACAAUAAAAGCGGUCAUGAUCAGUACGUGCAUCAUAACACCCGUUGGGGGGGAUCAUCAGUUAAAUGGAACAAUUCAUGCUACAAACUGCACCAAAGAUGCUGUCGCAAUCAAUUGGAUGUGGCCUUUAAGGAUAUAAAAGGUUUCGAGUUUAUUUUGCAACCAAAAGUAUUUGAUGCGGGGUAUUGUCACGGACGUUGCCCGCCACGUCAUAAUCCUGCCCAUCAUCAUGCUCUGUUACAGAGUCUGAUAUGGCAGGAGGAUCAUAGUCGAGCUCCACGGCCGUGUUGUGCUCCUUCCAAGCUGGAAAUGCUCGAAAUAUUGCAUAUUGAUGAGAAUCAUAGCGACAAGCUGAAGAUUUCCACCUGGAGUGAUAUGCAGAUUGUUGAAUGUGCCUGUUCUUGAGGCUGUCUUAGUCAUGUAUUCUAUUUAUAGAGUUCUCUUUACGUUUUAUGUAUAAAAUAAGGAAUAAAUAAAAUUAUGUAGUACCAUCUGUAA